AUGGAAAACGAAGUGAACGCACGUGGGACGUCGUCUCAGGGCAUUUGUUCCCGUUUUCUUUCUCAUUUAGGCAUUUUAAUUGGCCGUCUUUUUACUACAAACUUCCUUAAGAUACUCAUCGGUGGACAACUGUUGUCUCUUCUCAUUUGUGGAACAGCCAUCACUAGUCAGCUUCUCUUUGAUAAAUACCAAGUCAGUGCUCCUACUGCACAAUCCUUCCUGAACUACCUCCUCCUGGCUGUUGUAUACUGCGUCAUAUUGGCCUGCAGGAGAAACCCCCAGGACAACCUCUUUGAAGUCUUCAAAGCUCGAUGGUGGAAGUACAUCAUAGUUGCUUUUGUGGAUGUGGAGGCUAAUUAUCUUAUAGUCAAGGCCUAUCACUUCACUACGCUGACUAGUAUCCAGUUGCUUGAUUGCAUCACAAUCCCAGUUGUGUUGAUUCUGUCUUUCUUGGUACUGAGAGUACGUUUUGGUAAAAACCACAUCCUUGGAGUUGUCAUCUGUGUUAUUGGAGUCCCUCUUAUGGUAUGGGCUGACAGCAUGAAAGACACACCAGAGGAAGAUAAACCACAGAAGGCUCUAGGUGAUGCACUAUGUCUUGCAGGAGCAUCUCUUUAUGGAUUCUCCAAUGUAGCUGAAGAGUAUGCUGUGAGACAUUUCUCCAGGGUGGAAUUCCUUGGAAUGCUUGGACUGUUUGGAACUUUCAUCAGUGGAAUUCAGCUGAUUAUUUUGGAGAGGGGUGAGCUGACAGCCCUAGUCUGGAGAUAUGAAGUCGUCCUACUCUUCCUGGCCUUUGCAAUCUGCCUCUUCUGUCUCUACUCUCUCUUCCCACUCGUCAUUAAGUGGAGUAGUGCCCUCACAGUCAACCUCUCCAUCCUCACAGCAGACGUCUAUUCACUCAUCAUCAGCAUCUUCGUAUUCAAGUACACAUUCAAUGCACUCUACCUGGCAUCAUUUUCUGUGAUACUAGUUGGAAUUGUAGUCUAUAGUCUUCUACCAACGCGAGAAGCUGCAAGUAACAGUCGCUAUAAUCUGUUCAAAGAUGAACCAGGUAUGAACUCAGAAAGUGAAGAGCGGCCAGCGUUACAUACAGCCACUGGGCCUGAAGAACUCACAGAGGAGGAGAAGGAGAGUUGGCACAAAGCAGCGAGUGAAUCAUUAAACGGAAAGAGCGGUGACUCAGAGGCAUAAUUUGAUUGGCUGCUUAAUGAACUUUUGUGAUGUCAUCAUGCUGUGAUUGGCCAGUUGUCAUCCUUAAAGUUAUUGUCUACUUUAAUUUAUUAGUGAAUGCAUCACAAUCAUGAAAAAGGUCACGUAGCUCAUACCGGAACAUCAGUGUAUUGUUAAUUUUCAAAUCUUAGUAGAUGUUCAUGUAGCUUUUUAAAAAUGUUUUAAGAUAUUCAAAUAUCCCAGUACAGGUAUACACUUAUGGUAUAGUGUAUUAAUAUUCAAUCAGCAUCGAGGCAAUGUUACAGGCACUUGUGUUACAUUGCCCACUGGUAUCAGAAAACAAGAUUUCUACUACUAAUGUUCAAUGUAAUGAUAGCCACUGUAAUGUCUGGUACUGCACUCAAAAUCAAAGUAAGUUAUCAAUAUUUCAGAAAACCCUGGUACCCGCUUUUUUUAUAACUCCAACUUGUUUUUUAUUCAGGCAUAGUGUUGAAUGAAGGUACAUUCUAUUUCAUUACCAAAGAAAAUACAUCAAAACAUAAGUCGGUCUACAUCCUGUAUUGAUUCUUGAUUUGUUGCUGUGCCUUAUAUGUGACUAUUUUUACUUGAGGCAGGAACUGUUCUCAUUUUCUUGCAAUUUGUAAGGAAUUUAUCACUCCUUUGUUUCAGAAAUAGGCCUAUGAGAUGGUCAGAAAGAUUGAUUUAAAAAUGAUAUGCAAAUAAAAAUGCAAGCUGUAAUUGUCUAACAGUUAUUAAAAGAA